CGCCGAGACGUCCCGGAACAACACGGAACGGAUCCAGACGAAUUUCUGAUCAAAACUGUAGAACUGCAGAAGCAAAGUUCUCGGCCAUGGCAGCUCCAGGGAAACCCAAGAGUCUCCUGGACGGCGUCACCUUGAAGCCACUGACACAAGAAAACCUUCUUUACCACUAUGCCCCGAUGGCCGGUGCGGCAAGCUACACCACUUUGUCUGUCAGCCUGUCGAAUCCGAAUAUGUUGAGAAGGUUGUUCCCCACCAGAGACAUUACAAACGCCCUACUGCUCACAUCCAUUGCAGGGACUGCGCUUUACAUUUACAAGCGUCCUCAUAUGGAGAAAGUCUCGAACCAGCGUAGAAUUACAUACAGUGUAUAUGGCGCUGGAAUGUUGAGCUUGAGUUCUAUCCUGGUUUGGUCAAUAUUGAGGUACUACCUCCCCGACAAUGCUGUCAUCCAAACUGCUACAGGAGUUGCAACCAGCGUUGGGUUAUUGAUUCUGGGGAAGGACUAUCUAGAUUUAGUAGACAAAAAGUGAAAUUAUUAUGUUAUUUCCAUUAAACACCUCACCACUUGUUUAAAUGUUAUGCUCUAGGCUGUUUGAUUAAGUUCUUAAAAUUGUGCUUCAACCAAAUCAAAAUUUCUCAAUAUACUUCACUAAUACCUGGAGCUCAUCUAUCAGUCUUUUUAGUUUUACACUUUGCUUGUGGUAUUUUGUAGUCAAACUAGUCUGAAGAGAUGAAGAGUUGAAAAAAAAAAAUAAUGAGCAAAGUACUUGUGUUGUAUGAGUGGCAUUUUUGUGAAAUGGUAAAAUAUGUCAAUGUGAUGGAUUGUUCUUUCCAUGUGGAGUUUGAAGAUUUAAUGUACUGAUCUGUUUUGAAUUUGUUGUAUAAAUAAUUAUAUUUAAUUUUA